AUGGCUCCACCGACGAACCGCCAGGAGAUCUUGGAUCAGCUUCGGGGUCAGGUCGACAAGGGCCAUGCCAUUGUUGGAGCUGGUGCAGGGAUCGGGCUCUCAGCCAAGUUCGUCGAGGAAGGGGGAGGAGACCUGAUCAUUAUAUACAAUAGCGGCCGGUUUCGAAUGGCUGGCCGGGGAUCGCUGGCAGGCCUGAUGCCGUAUGGCAACGCAAACGAUGUGGUGCUAGAUAUGGCAAUCAUCGCUGGCGUUUGUGGUACUGAUCCUUUCCGGAACAUGCCUGCGUUCCUCAAGCAGCUCAAGGACCUCGGCUUCGCUGGCGUGCAGAACUUCCCAACCGUGGGGUUGAUAGAUGGCCAGUUCCGGGCCAACCUCGAGGAGACAGGCAUGUCAUAUGACCAAGAGGUUGACAUGAUCCGGUUGGCGAGAGAGCUUGAUAUGAUAACAACGCCAUAUGUUUUCAACGUGGAAGAGAGCAAGAAGAUGGCAGAGGCGGGAGCAGACAUUCUUGUUGCCCAUAUGGGACUGACUUCGUCCGGAAGUAUAGGGGCCACCAGUGGGAAGACCGUAGAUGAGUGUGUCAAGCUGAUCCAGAAGAUCCGAGAUGCCGCUGCGAAGAUUAAGCCGGAUGUGAUAAUCCUUUGCCAUGGUGGGCCUAUCGCUGCUCCAGAUGAUGCCAAAUACGUCCUGGAGAAGGUAAAAGGAGUACACGGAUUCUACGGAGCAUCAUCCAUGGAAAGGUUGCCAGUCGAGGAGGCUAUCACCAAUAUCACCAAGAACUUCAAGGCCUUGAAACCGAGUUCAUAG